AUUAGAACCAUCGCAAGGACAGAUUUCCCGUAGUACAGAUAUUACUCGUGUAAUUACUGGGCGCCAUUUGUAGAUAGGUACUGGCGAUAAUAUCUUUCAGAUGGUGAGUGCCGCAAUGCUACACGAGGGAGAUUUUGGUGGCAACGAGGACGCAAUCUGAUAUAGGGGUUCUUCACGGUAUCCCUCAUGUAGGUGAUCACUAACGCCGCUUCUUCUCUUCUUGUGUAGAGAGCUUGGGAUUUUCAGUGCUUUUUGAUGAAAAUUGCCUAUCAUCAUUAUUAGACUUGUGAGAAAAAAAAUUGAAGAUAAAGAGUUAUCUUUCUUGGAUUUUUUUCCCCUAUAGAACACUGCUUUGACUAAGGAGGACUGGGAAUGUACCCUAUGUGUGACCGAUCGUCGGAGAAGAAAUUUUUGUUUAUAUAAUUAUUAAAUAUAGACUACAUCAUCGAAGUAGAAAGAACGGAGUUUUGUUCCGUCAGCCGUUGACAUGACGGAGCAGAUUAUUACCUUGACAGACGAACAAAUAGCAGAGUUCAAAGAAGCGUUUUCAUUAUUUGACAAAGAUGGCGAUGGGACCAUCACGACCAGUGAACUAGGUACUGUCAUGCGCAGUCUGGGUCAAAAUCCAACCGAGGCUGAGCUGCAGGAUAUGAUCAACGAAGUUGAUGCAGAUGGAAAUGGCACGAUAGACUUCGAAGAAUUCCUCCUAAUGAUGGCAAGAAAAAUGAAAGAUACAGAUAGUGAGGAAGAACUUCGAGAAGCCUUCAGAGUGUUCGAUAAGGACGGUAACGGUUUUAUUAGUGCUGCCGAACUUCGUCAUGUCAUGACCAACUUAGGGGAAAAACUGACAGAUGAAGAGGUGGAUGAAAUGAUUCGGGAGGCGGAUCUUGACGGGGACGGGAUGGUCAACUAUGAAGAUUUCCGGACGUAUGCUUCCGAAUUCGUCACAAUGAUGACGGCCAAGUAAGCUGUUGAUCCACUAAGGAGAGACAUUUGGGCGUGUUUUGUAACAUUCAUUACAAAAUAUACCUUGAAAUUAUCAAAGAUGAAGCCGAGCACAUUUUUUGUAAUUUGUUUUGUUCAAUCUUCAGUGUUGUACCAAUGUUUAAUUUUGUUCGAAACGUGUUUGAUUUGUCUUGUUUGUACAUCCUGGUAUCGACUUGCAUAAACAAUAAAUGUACGCAUAAAUCUC